AUGUUCCUUCUUCCCCUCCCCUUUUUUUUCUCUCUCUCUCUUUGCUGUGCGGUUUGUUUUGGUAUCUCCCCCAAGGCCAUGCCUUCUUUUCCUGCGGACGCGAAUUCCAAUGAAUUGAACUUGUCCCUGUCGGCUCCCGUGGAGUUGCAGCACGUGGAGGAGAGGAUAGCACGACGACGUAGUACCCUUCCGGAAUUGUCCCUUCCAGACACCUCAGGAGGGAUCCCUGUCUCCAAGAACAGCUCCUUUGUGGAGGCCAAUUUCGUGGCCGAUCCCCAGAAAUGGAAUCAUCGCUUCACCGGGGCGUUUACCUCCCCUGUAAAGGACGAACCGGUAAAAGAAAAAACGCCGGCGCCAAUGGAUUCAAAGGUAAAAAGACCACCGACUCCUGAAAUUACAUGCUGUUCGUUGUUUUUUUAG